AUGUUCAAAUUAUUGAGAGGCCACGGCCGCCCACGAAGUGCUGUUAUAAAUUACAUGUCUGAUAAAUGUUUUGAGGUUAGAAAAGCAAAGGUUUAUUACGUAUAUUCCUCAGCAGCAUCAGUAAGGUUUAAUUCGACUGCUGUCAGCGAUGCAGGUAAAACAGCAACCAUAGUGGAAAAUAUACCAGAACCACCUCCAGUACCUGAUCCUUCGACCCUUGUCGACUUGACUGAAACAGUACAAACUGUGGCUGCAAAUGGAGAGCCUACCUUAGCUAGUCUUGGCCUCGGAGGUUGGUCACCUAUUGGGUUGGUACAACAUUGUUUGGAGUUUCUUCAUAUUUCCCUGGAUGUACCUUGGUGGGGAGCAAUUGUCAUUGGUACCAUAUGCGUACGUUUAGUCAUGUUCCCGUUGGUCAUUAUAUCGCAAAGAAACACAGCUGUCAUGAAUAAUAAUUUGCCAGAAAUUCAGCUUCUUCAAAUGAAAAUGACAGAAGCAAGACAGACUGGAAAUCAGCUUGAAGCAACUCGGUAUGCUCAAGAAAUGGUUGGAUUCAUGAAAGAAAAAGGUUUGAAUCCUCUGAAAAACAUGUUGGUUCCUUUAGCUCAGGCUCCAUUGUUUAUAUCAUUCUUUAUUGGAUUGAGAAGGAUGGCUAACUGCCCUGUGGAGAGUAUGUCUUAUGGUGGUCUUGCCUGGUUCACAGACCUGACUGUGCCUGAUCAGUUUUUCAUUCUUCCUCUUAUAACUAGUGCCACUAUGUGGGCUACCAUAGAAUUGGGUGUGGAUGGAGGUCGUCUUGAGGCACAGAACAUGGUAAUGAUGAGAUACUUCCUUAGAGCUAUUCCUAUUGUCAUGAUUCCAUUCACAAUUAACUUCCCUGGGGCCAUUUUAGUUUACUGGUGUUCCAGUAACUUCAUAUCUCUUCUUCAAGUUGGUUUACUUAAGGUACCAGCUGUCAGGGAUUAUUUUAAGAUUCCCAAACUAAUUAAACACACACCUGAAGCCCUACCAAUGAAGAAAAAAGGUUUUAUUGAUGGAGCUAAGGAUUCCUGGACUAAUAUGAAGAUCUCCAAAGAGUUGGCUGAAAGACAAAGGAUAGAUGAAAUGAUAUUUACAAAAGCUGGCAAAGGACCUCUACAGAAGACAUACAAGUUUGACCCAACAAAGUUAUCGAGUGUACAAGCAAAGUCUAAAUAA